AUGGGUCUUCUGUACGAGUACUUAAAUCUGUCAGUAGAUGGGAAUUACAGCGGCAAUGUCACCAACGAUACUUUGCCUGAACCGGAGCCCAUACACGUGGUAGCAUCCGUGUUUAUCUGCAUAAUCGGGGCAACGCUGGCAUUACUGACAUUCGGAGGCAACGUGAUGGUCUGGAUGUCAUUUAGAAUGGACAAAAAUCUACAAAUUGUCAGCAAUUAUUUUCUUCUCAGCCUAGCGGCAGCUGACGUCAUUAUUGGAUCUAUUUCUAUGCCGCUGUUCACCGUGUACUUAGUACAAGGAGAGUGGACAUUGGGACCUGUCAUUUGUGAUAUAUGGUUGUCUAUUGAUUACUGUGCGAGCAACGCUUCAGUUAUGAAUCUGUGUGUCAUAUGUUUCGACAGAUAUCUCUCUAUCACACGGCCGUUGACGUACAGAGCCCACAGGACAGGCAAGAGGGCGAUACUUAUGAUAUGUGCAGCCUGGAUUAUUUCCAUAGCCGUGUGGCCACCGUUUAUCAUCGGUUGGCAAUUCAUUGUAGGAGAGAGAACAGUACCAGAAAAUGUUUGUCAAAUCCAGUUUUUAGAAGAACCUUCCAUUACCAUUAUAACUAUAGUAAUAGCGUUUUACUUUCCUGUAUCGCUAAUGAUAUUUAUGUACUUCAAAAUUUGGAGAGAGACUGAGAAACGCUCACGAGAACUAGUGAACCUUCAAGGGGGUGACGGGGGCAAAAAGAAGAGAAAGGUGAAAAAAAAUGUGUCCGUGGAUGCACAUGAAAUUGAAACAUUAACACGGUCGCCUAGAGACGAGGAUUUUGAUGAGUCGCAUCCACAACCUUCGAUGGCUAGAAGAAUUAUUUGUUGCGGUUGUUGUAAAUUUAGCGAAUUAGGGGGUGAGUAUGAAUGUGAGGACAGCAGUGACGCGUCACCAGCGCAUUCGAGAUCGUCUUCGUUGAACGCACAUAAUAGUCACUUAGUUUCGCCAAAGUCAAGAUCAUGUCGAAAUGGUUCAGCUGAUCCUCUUGCCGAUUGUAAUAAACAUAAAGAAAGCGAAAGUUCUUUUGCUGCAUCCUUAUAUACCAUACUUAUUAAACUGCCAGACAAUAACGAGAGUGGUUCAUCUGACGGGGAAGAGCCACAACCAAAAAUAACUCUUAUACAGGAUUGUCCACGGACUCCCACCAUAUUUGUGCGGGACCGUGACGGGAAACACCGCCGUAUUUCAGCGACGAGUGGUGCUAAACGCACCGCUAGAUUUAAUAGCACUCCGAAACGUAGUGUUCCGAACGAUUCUGUCGUAUGUGACGGUUACAAGUCGGCGGUUGUAAACAACAAUAAACGCACACGCCUUAAUUCCGUUUCCAGCAUGUGUAGUAACGAAGACAGUCCAAAGCAUCGCUUAUCUACUUCAAGUCGUCCAGUCAAUUUGAACACUGUUUCUGUUGUCAAUAAAAUUGCACACAAAGCCCGGGAAAACGUGGCAAAAAAGAAGAAACUGGCAUUAGUACGGGAAAAGAAAGCGGCAAGAACACUGACCGCUAUUCUAUUUGCUUUCAUAGGUACAUGGAGUUUAUAUAGUAUAUUAGUUAUAGUUGGGAUAUACGUCGAACUCAACGCUACACUGUGGAAUGUGGCGUAUUGGUUAUGUUACUUAAAUAGCACAGUCAACCCUUUCUGUUAUGCUUUAUGCAACGUGAACUUUCGUAAAUGCUUUCAACGCAUACUGACUUGUCGGUGUCAGCGCAAAAAUAAAAAGCCCGUCUUCAGAUCAAACUUCAAAUCGCGCAGUUCCAAUGCUUCGCGAAAAUCAUUGACGGCCAGAUGA